GCGGCGGCGUGUAGGGCUGCCGUCGGAUUCGUGCCCCGUCCCGGCCCGUCUGCCUGUGCGUGUGUGUAUGUGCGUAUGCGCUUUCUCCGUUGCCAAAGUAAUGUAGAAGACGCCGGAACAGAAAACGCGCACGAAAACAUGGUUACUUCGCUGUGACGGAUUGUGGUGCGUGAUGAUAAUAAUUGUCGGUCAAAUGGCCCGAAACGUGUGCGAAGAAGGAAUGAACGGAAACAAUUAGUGAAGGACAACACACAACACAAGAACAAGGAAAGGACAAGUGCUGUAGUGUCCACCGCGUGCGCGCGCUUUUCUGUGCGUUUGUUUUUUGUGUAUGCGUAUGUGUGUGAGUGUGCGUUAGUUUGUGUGCGUGUAUGUGUGUGUGUUUGCGGCUUAGAAGCCGGUUCCGGCAAAGCCGAUAGCGAGACACCGGCACAUUGUUGUUUGUUUGGCACAACAAUCCAACACAUAAGGCUGAAAGAAAUAUCGUCGCCAAAAGACCAGGACAGUAUUCCGGGCGACCAUAACAAAAACCAAUCGUCUUCCUGACCUAAUGCACCUCAGGAGACGGCUUUCCGCCAAGUAGAGGACACCACAGCAGCAGCAUCAACAACACAAUCGCCACCGUAUCAUAAUUGUUGGCAGCUAAGAGGAACGCUACCAACCCGGACUUUAUGCGCUGACCCUCGGUGGUUCUGAGAAUGCCAAUGUUGUCAUACUUUCAAAUGAACUUUCGCGCGUUUCUCGUACUGGCGUCGAAGAUAUGGACGUGUAUCUGCUACAUGUUCAACCGGCAGGUGCGGGCGUUUGUACAGCAUCAACCGGUGAAAUAUCAGCUGUUUCCCCUGUCGCCGGUCUCGCGGCACCGGCUGAGUAUGGUCCAGCGGAAGACGCUGGUGCUGGACCUGGACGAAACGCUCAUUCACUCGCAUCACGACGCGAUGCCCCGCAACAUGGUCAAACCGGGCACGCCCCACGACUUCACGGUCAAGGUGACGAUCGACCGCCAUCCGGUACGGUUUUUCGUCCACAAGCGGCCCCACGUCGACUACUUCCUGGACAUUGUGUCGCAAUGGUACGAUUUGGUCGUGUUUACCGCCAGCAUGGAAAUCUACGGUGCAGCCGUAGCCGAUAAGCUAGACAACGGGCGCAACAUCCUGCGACGACGCUACUACCGACAGCACUGUACGCCCGAUUUCGGCUCGUACACCAAAGACCUGUCAGCGAUAUGCAGCGAUCUUAAUAGAAUAUUCAUCAUCGACAAUUCGCCGGGUGCAUACCGAUGUUUCCCGAACAACGCAAUACCGAUCAAAUCGUGGUUUUCCGAUCCGAUGGAUAUCUGCCUGCUGUCCCUGUUGCCACUGCUGGACGCGCUCCGGUUUACGAACGAUGUGAGAUCGGUGCUGUCCCGCAACCUACACCUACAUCGUUUGUGGUAGCAGAAUUGGAUCAACUUUUUAUGGUGCGCUGUGAGACUUCUAAAAUCUUACAAAUACUUUUUUAUUUUAUUCUAGAAUUAUGAUUACUUACCUCUAGAGUGAAGGUGGGUGGGCGUUGUUGUGCAUUUUUUGCCUAUGAACGAGUGGUACUGUGAAUUUCGUUACACCCCAAACAGAACGGAACGGAACCAUUGCAGGAAAAACGGGGUAGCAAUUCAAAGGCAGGAGAAAGGUUUGCCAUCUAACUUGCAAGCGUGAAACCGUUCACCAUCCCACAAUAACGUGCGAAGAAAGCGAGCAAAACAGAAUCGCUGACAUUGAACGCUUUAGAAGUUGUGAAAACAGUAACGAGAAGGAAGCGAGAAUAGCGCAAACUGUGAAGACUAACCUGUUCGUUCGGUUACUCUUUGCAAAAGGAGGGUAAGGUAGGUUCCGGCAAACGGGGUAUGAUUCCUACUUGCAACAAAAAUUAGCACUUGGUGAUGUGUGAUGAUGAUUGAUCCCUCGCAGUCCGUGUGGGGGGAGUGCUAUAUGGCGCCAGUGCGCCAAAUCUCUUGUUAUUAUUUUAUCCCUCUAUAACAACUACCGCAUAGUUCACGACUGAUGCGAACCAUCGAUGCGAAAGCGGCAUAAAAUAGGUUGAAACAUUUUUCAUCUUUUUUUCUCACCAUUUGUGUAGCGAAACUUAAAACCGCAUUCUAACGCGGUUGAUAAUUAGGUGUUUUGCUCGCAAAUUUAUUGUUUUUUUUUUGCUUUGAAAAUAUUGUCUUGUGUAAAAUAGUAGUGUUUAUGGGAUUUAUACAUCAAUGCGUCUUCUUUUUUUGCUUUAUCAUUAUGUACGAGGCUGCUCUCCGUUCACAAUCGAUUAAAAUAUUACGUUACAACGUUUUUGUUUUGUGUGUUUUUGGUGUGAAUAAAAACGGAGAACUAAAAUUCGGUUCCGUUUCCGAACAUGCGUGGGGUUUGUGGUAGAAAUGUGUGUGUGUGUACACACACAAACGUAUUAUUGAGGCUUGAGGUUGCAUCGAACGCGGAUCGUUCUUCAAUCAGGAAGUAUGGUUAAUUUUCUACGAAAGUUAGCACUUAUUUUAUCAGCCUUUACCACCAGCCAACCCAGACAAAGGAGGGAAAGAGAGAAAUCAUAUUCUCUUGCUUUUGUUAAAUUUGUAAGCCAGAGUUGUCGAAAUGUUGUUUUGUCUAUGCGACAUACAAAUCCUAUGUUUAUUGCGCCAUCGGAACGACACAGUAGUAAUUAAGAUUAGCGACCCAAGCGAAGAGAGACACUCGCAACGAAUUCAAACCAAGCAUCGAUGGCACAUGCGAUGGUCCAAAAGAUGGGAUGGGACAGAAAGACCUGGUGUACCUCAUACGCUAAGAACGCUAGCACGAUCCUCGAGUACACACGGGCUUCGGAUCCGUGGAAAACUAGCUAGUUUCGUUUGCUCAAUCACUCUCAGCAAUAGGGUGCUCCCCGGAUAAAUAGUUGUCGGUCCGUUGUUUAUGUAGGUUACGUUGCCACGGUGUAUUAUUGCGGCCCACAGACAAGUGAACUCACUAUACAAUUGAUUUGUUGGAUUGUAGUUUCUUCUUUACAGUUUUUUUUUAUUUCGCGGGGUAAAAUUUCUUCCAUCUGUGACAUGUUCUAUUGGAUUGCGACCAAUCAGCAGCACAUUAAAAAUUUGCAUAAAAGACAUCGAGAUCGAGCUACAAUUUGGUCAAGACGGAAAAGAAUCACGUUGCCCCCAUUACUUACAACCACACGACACAGAGAAGGAACAUGUUAAAAGUGGUGAGGAGUAAACAAAUAAUAAUAUUUACGUAAGCAAACGCGACAACACUCACACACAUAGAAACACGGUACAAAUGAAGUAAGCAAAAUAAUAAUAUCAUGACGUAAGUUGCU